UCCCAGAGUUUUAUUACAUCAUCCCUGUGAUCUCGGAAUAAACCAAACCAAACCCAACCCCAACAACGGAAAAACAAUAGAAAAAAACGCGGUUUUAGCUCUCCUCCACCACACUCUCUCUGUUCAUUUCAUCUCACUUAACUUCACUUCCCCAAAAAACUCACUCACUCUCACACUUCUCUUUUCUCUUGCCUUUUCUUCUACUAAACUAAGCUCGUUUCCUCCUUUUCUCUUUCUACAAUACAAAAGAAGCUUCUCUUCUUUCUCUCUCUCUCUCUCUAAAAAGCUCCUCCAAAACCCCAAAAAAACUACUUUUUGUUUUGUUAUUUUCUUUCUCUCUUAAAAUCCCAGAUCUGUAAUCUUCAUCUACAAGCUUUAAAGCGAUAACCCAUUAAAAAAUUUUGGUGUUUUUUAAUAAUGUCGAGUUCUGAUCCGAAAACCCGACCCAAACCGGGACCAUGGCCACCAGCUCCCGAUGCUGCUCCCGUUCCGCCUUCUUCUUGGGCUAAGCGAACUGGUUUUAGGCCCAAAUUCUCAGGGGAAACGAAUGCCAGUGACUCGGGUCAAAUAGCGUUGCCUCCGAGGGCUAGAGAGAAUGAGAACCAGACUGAUCUCGAAGCGGGUCGGGCUCGACCGGUUCCACCGCUGGCUAAUGGGGAGCCGCCGGUGAAUGAGAAGGGUCCAGCGGAGAAGGAUCAGAUGGUGAAGAAGAGGAGGGAGGCUGAUGGGGCGAAUAAAGGGAGCUCCGGUGCCGGUGCUAAUGGGCAUACGGGUACGAAUGGGGCCGCAGAAACAGGGACUGCACCACAGGCACAGCAGCCGAGGAGGAGGCCGUCGAGGAAUGAGGAAGUGGUUGAUGUGUUGCCACAAAAUGUGGAUGAUGAAGGAUUUGUAGGGAGGCAUUCACAUAUGAAAUAUGAGCUUAGAGAUACUCCUGGUCUUGUUCCCAUUGGUCUUUAUGGGUUCCAGCAUUAUCUUUCAAUGUUGGGUUCAUUGAUACUUAUUCCGUCCGUUAUAGUUCCUGCAAUGGGUGGCACUUAUGAGGAUACUGGAAAUGUGGUGUCCACGGUGCUCUUUGUGUCAGGAGUGACCACGCUAUUGCAUUCAUUCUUUGGUUCACGGUUGCCUCUGAUUCAAGGUCCAUCAUUUGUUUACCUGGCUCCUGCAUUGGCGAUUAUUAACUCUCCAGAGUUUCAAGGACUAAAUGGAAAUAACUUUAAACAUAUUAUGAAGGAGUUGCAGGGGGCCAUUAUCAUAGCUUCAGCUUUUCAAGCAAUACUUGGAUAUAGUGGACUAAUGUCAUUAUUCUUGAGGUUAAUAAAUCCAGUGGUAGUUGCACCUACCAUUGCUGCAGUUGGACUUUCUUUUUAUAGUUAUGGUUUCCCACUAGUUGGGACAUGUCUUGAGAUUGGUACCAUGCAGAUAUUGUUGGUUAUUAUUUUCUCUCUUUAUCUUCGUAAGAUAUCUGUUCUUGGCCAUCGCAUAUUUCUAAUCUAUGCGGUUCCUUUGGGCCUUGGAAUCACAUGGGCAGUUGCUUUCCUUCUCACUGAAGCAGGAGCCUAUAGCUAUAAAGGUUGUGAUGCCAAUAUACCUACCUCAAAUACAAUAUCUGAGCACUGCAGAAAACAUGUUCCCAGGAUGAAGCUCUGUCGAGUUGAUACUUCUCAUGCAUUAAAAUCUUCCCCAUGGUUUAGGUUUCCUUAUCCAUUACAAUGGGGAACUCCUGUCUUCCACUGGAAAAUGGCCCUUGUUAUGUGUGUGGUUUCAAUAAUUGCCUCAGUAGAUUCGGUUGGUUCAUAUCAUGCAUCAGCAUUGCUGGUGGCAUCCAGACCUCCAACGCCUGGUGUUGUUAGCAGAGGAAUUGGUCUUGAAGGUCUGUCCAGUGUAUUAGCAGGUCUCUGGGGUACAGGAACUGGAUCCACAUCACUGACUGAAAAUGUGCAUACAAUUGCAGUGACUAAGAUGGGAAGUCGCAGAGCUGUUGAAUUGGGUGCAUGUGUUUUGAUAGUCUUAUCCCUUAUAGGUAAAGUUGGAGGGUUUAUUGCUUCAAUUCCUGAAGUCAUGGUUGCUGCACUCCUAUGCUUCAUGUGGGCAAUGCUUGCAGCUUUGGGUUUGUCAAAUCUACGCUAUAGUGAGGCUGGAAGCUCCCGGAAUAUCAUAAUAGUUGGAUUAUCUUUAUUUUUUUCCCUCUCAAUACCAGCUUAUUUUCAGCAAUAUGGCAUCUCUCCAAAUUCUAACUUGUCUGUUCCAAGUUAUUUUCAACCAUAUAUUGUGGCAUCUCAUGGACCUUUCCGCAGUAAAUAUGGUGGGGUAAACUACAUUAUGAAUACGUUGCUAUCAUUGCACAUGGUAAUAGCAUUCCUGGUGGCCGUUAUAUUGGACAACACCGUACCUGGAAGUCGGGAAGAACGUGGGGUUUAUGUAUGGUCUGAAUCUGAGGCUGCAAGAAGGGAACCUGCCAUCGUCAAAGACUAUGAGUUGCCCUUCCGGGUCGGUCGGAUAUUUAGAUGGGUGAAGUGGGUUGGGCUUUGACAACUUUUUGUAGGCAUGUCAGUCAUCACGACAUCGUCAAGUUCAUCAAUAGCCAUUCAUGGGGAUGACUACUCUGCGCUGUGAUUUUAUAGGCAUACCCUCAAAGCUCAUAUGGGUAAAUAGCUGUCUGAACUGUUUUUUUUUUCCUUACACAACUUUUUUGGGGGCUAUAGGUGCUAUAGAGAUAAGUUAUUUGUGUACAUUGAGGAUCCGAAGGGAUACAGUUGUGUUGUAAGUUCCGUGGGUACAUUGAGUCACUGAUAUUAUCCAGAGGGACAUUUCACUUUUGCUGAAGACAUUUUUAGUUACCAUCUUUCAUGUAUAUUUUCCCAUUAUUAUUUGAUUAGCUUCUUUCAGGAGUGCUGGAUUCUCUCCCAUCUACAUUGGAAUUAUGCUGGUGAAUGUUUUAAACAGCUUUUAAAUUAAAUUUUCGGGCGUAAAAUGUCAACUUGUGAUGUUUAAGAAUUGUCUAUAAUAUGCACUUCCUUCGUGUUACUUGCCAUGGGCGCAUGCCUUACUGUUCCUAUUGUGUUUCUUGAAGUCUACUGGAACGGUUUAAGCCAGAACGGACCUAUCGUUAAAAACUUAACAGAACCAUAUCCUCAAUGCCAGGCUAAUGUGAUCCUAAG